AUGGGUUCUCAGGAAAUAACUUUGUUUGACUUGCCCAGCAAGGAGCCAUGCGCUUCGUGGUCUUUGAACCCCUGGAAGACACGUUUCCUCUUGAAUUACAAAGGCCUUGAGUACAAGACAGAAUGGCUCAACUACCCGGAGAUUGCACCCAGAAUCAGGCCCCACCUCCCACCCAAUGAAACAGGCCGAGCAUAUUCCAUCCCCACGAUCCAGUUCCCAGAUGGAACCUACGUCAUGGAGUCGAGAAAGAUUGCAGAGGCCAUUGAACAGAGACAUCCUUCUCCACCCGUCCACCUAGAUGAUCCCACCGUCCAAAGCAUAGAGCGUCUCGUCCUGCGCUCCAUCAGGCCUCUCUACCCCGUCCUCAUGUACAAAAUCUCGCAGGUCAUCCUCACCGACAAGAGCUACGACUACUGGGUUGGCCAGUACACCAGGGAAUACGGCAUGCCCCUCGAUGAAUACGAGCGCCAGUUCGGCGGCGAGAAGGCCUGGGCGGCGGCCCAGCCGGCCAUGAGUGAGCUGACGGCCAUCUUGAAGGGGAAACAGGCUGAGGGGCCGUUUUUCCUGGGCAAGGAGGUGAGCUAUGCGGAUUUUGUGUGGCUGGGAGCGGUCAUCUUUGUGAAACGUACCGAUGAGAUAUUAUACCAGGAGUUGUUGGACAGGACCGGCGACAGAGCUGCCCAUGAGAGACUUUUCGAAGAAUGCGCUCCUUGGAUGAAGAGGGACGACUACUGA